AUGGAUUGGAAGCAUCUGUUAUCGUUAUCGCCUCAUAAUUUAGACGAUGUGCGAAAAGAUGGCGCCGCGGUUGAAAUUGCAAAUUUAUCAACAGACCUCAAAUUCGAUAGCAAAAGCAGCAAGAAAUUAUUUAGAUUGGCACAGGUGGCUUUACGAUUCCGAAACGAACAGGUUAAACAGUUGCAACAAAAGAUAAUCGAAGGUAAAGAUGAUUACGGCAGUCAGGAGAGGCUGAAAGAAUGGAAAAGGACAAUAGAAAAGCUGGAGUUAGAGCGCCACACCCUUCGAACGAAACUCAAGGAAGUGACAGAGGAGAACUCAAAGCUGCAAUCGAAGGUCACCGAAAGUUUUCACGUUGGUAGCGAAGGAGAAGAUUCGCCCGAUGCAUUAUCGGAGAUUGAAAAGCAGCAAGAGCUGUAUAAUAACAUCAGUAUGAAAAACAAGCACAUUAAAAGGCUUCUGAGAGAUAUCGAUGAUUUGGAAAAACGGAACAGCUUCCAGGUCGACACUAUUAAUGGGCUGCAAAUGAGCUUAAACGACGCGACAUUAAAUAUCACUGCCCUAACUCAUCAGUACGAAGAGAUACUAUCUCGUUCAGAGGAGCAAGAAAAUUUGGUUAGUAAUCUUAAUGAAAAAUUACAGCAAAUGGAGAGUGAAAUUUUGACUAUUUGCGAAGAAAAGGAACAAUUAUUAAAUGAGCUUAACGAAGUCAAUAAGCAGCAUCAGGAUCAGUUUGUUGAAUGGGAGGAACAGCUUGAUAAAAGAGAUGCGGAACUUAACGACCUUAAGGAUCGAUAUGAUAAUCUUUUGAGUCAAUUUCCGGGCAUUGAUAUCGAAACAGAGCGCAAGGAGUACAAGCUUAUGAUGCAACGGCUCGAGCAGAAAAAUGAAACGAUUGUGGAGCUUGAGGAAAAAAUUUUGCAACUUUCGAAGGAAAUUCAUCGAUCGACCGAUGUAAUGAACAAAUUCAGCGAGAAAGAAAAAGAGCGUGCAACUAAGGAGAAACAAAUGGAAAGUCACUGUUGCCAGGAGUAUCGUAUGCAGCUAGAAAAGUCGAAUGAACGAUGUCGGGAGAUGCAGGAAAUCCUCACUGAUGUGGAGGAGGAUAACCGAUUGAAAUCUAGACACGCGGUAGAAGCGAUUGAAGCGCUAAGGCGGUACGAAAAUGGCGAAGACGGGCUGGUCAAUGCCCUUAAACAAGUCAGCAAAUUGCAGGAUAAGGUGAACUCGCGUGAUAAGCAAAUUCGCCAGUUGAUUGGGGAAAUUAAUUUGGCCAAUGACAUCGCAAUCGAGAAUGGAGUUCUUCGGAAACGUUUGGGCAUAGACGAUGAUGAGGUAGUAGCGACGAGCUCUAUACUCGCUAAACAGAAGAAAAUAGCCAAAGUGAAUGAACGACUUGCUCUCAAGUUGCGUGCUUCGGAGGAGAUGAGAUUACAGCUAAAGUUGGAGAAAAAUGAUUUAAAGCGGCAAUUGGCUACUUUAUCACAUAAUGUAAGCCAAAGACCUACUGAUGCAUACCAGGAUCCUAACAAAACGGAAGAACGCUCAUCAGUGUCUCCGGACGAACAAAAGUCCACCGUAGAUGUGGAUGGUAUGAAUUCUCCUAUCGGUGAUGUGAAUGCAGUUAAGUUUUGUGAGAAAUGUAUGAAACAGUAUAAUGUUUACGAUGCUAUGAAACAUUGCAAAGCCUGCAUUUUUCGGCAUAGUUUUAAUUAUUGCGAUAAAUGUGUGGGUCAGCUAAAAAUGAAUUUUGAUGAGGGUGUCGCUACUAGUGCUACGGCUUCGCAUACAAAUUUUGCUGAUCGACAGCGAAUCAACGAACUGGAAAAACAAUACGUGACGGUAAUGGAAGAGAACGAAAAUUUACGCGUAGGAAUGCAUGAAAUUUUGGAAAAACUGCGCGAGUACGAUGCAAUGUCUGAUCAAUUAACGAUCGAUAAGGCGACGCUUGAUAAGUUGCUAAAUGUAUUGAGUGAUCGACCCGUUUCGGCUCACUGGCACACCGGGAUGUUAACUGUACAAGAACGUGAAUUGCUACUAAAGGAACGUUUGACCAUUGGCGAAGCGGAUGUGAACGGUAGAAAAAGCAAAAGUAUUCAGUCAACCGAGAGUGUGAAUGAUUCGGGAAAUGUGUGUAAUGAGGAUGAUAAUUCAGAAUCAAUCGAUCGACUUGAAACGGAGCAUAUGGAUUUUAGUGAGCAAGUACUAUUGAAAGCUGUAGAAAUUGAUCGGUUAACGGAAGCACUCGACGAACUAAGAAUGGAAAAUGGACGUCUUCUUGCACACCAGGAUGACCUCGAGGUAACGAAAAAGUUGUACAACGAAUUGUUACACAUUACUAAUGCAUCUGAGAACGAAAAAGAUCGAUUGCUUGUUAAAACGAUUGAUCGGUUAAAGGAUAUUGAAUCGACAGUGUGUACCCUGCAGCGCAAAGUCGAUUUUUUAAAAGCUGACAACGAUAAUUUGCAUAACUCCUUUCGUCAGAUCAAAACUGAACAUCUUAAUCUACUGUACGACUUACGGAUGGAGCUUACGAAGAAAGAGAGUGAUCUGAAACAAAUAAAUGCUACCGGUGUGUCCAAAAAGGAAUCUUUUGAUUCGUUUGAUAACGAUGAAUUGAGUAAACUCGAGGAUGAUUUGGCACGGAUGAAACAUGAAGCGACACGCAUUUACAGUAUUUUCUUGAAAAAUAUUCAAGAAGUGGAUAAGGACCAUUUGCUGGAUGUGGAUUACGGCAAACUGAACCAAUUUGGUUUAGUGGACACCAAUUUGACGCUAGAAUUCAUUACAAAAGAAGAAUACAGACGAACACACGAAAAGUUGGAAAAGCUUGAACUGGAAUUACAACGAGAAGUUGCAAAAAAUGGUCACUUGGAAGAGCUGUUAAAAGUAUCUAACGAGCAGAUACGAUCCCAGCAGUCCCUUAUAUCCAAGUAUUCGGAAGAAGAAGUGAGUCUACGACAUUUAGUGGUUGACUUACAGAGUACAUCUAAUGAAAAAUAUUUACUGGCUCGAUCACAAAAGGAGUUAGAUUUAGUUCGAGAACAGGAAGAAAAUUUAAAACAAGAAAAUAACAAAAUGAAACAUAAACUUCUUCAAACAUUAGAGGAAUUAGAUACCAUGAAGCAACGUCUUGCUGAACAGGGGCAAGAAUUUGGUGCACGCCAAAAAGACAACAUGGUCAAAAUAAGAUACUUGAAGAAAAGUUUGCGUUUCCUGACAUCAGACUACCGUUUAUACAUUCCAACAUUUGCGAUUCCGGAAUUUAUCCAGAUGUAUGCUCAUGUAAUGGAGAUGCGCCGAUGUCUUACGGAGGAGCAAAAGAAAUGCCAAAGAGAGGCACAUGAUCAAGAGUACGAGCGAAUGCUUUCAAAACUCAAGGAAAAUGCUAACCAAAAUCAUAUACAAGAUAAAAUCAAUCUAAUCAAAUACGAGAGUCAAAGCGAGUUCCUUACCAGGCAAUUAAUACAAUGUCAGGAGCAGGUUGAUACUUUGCUCUUGGAAAAUAAGCAGCUUCGAUUGAAGGAAAUAGAAAAUUCUCGACAUUGGGACACACUGGAGCUGUUAUUUGGUGAGGAGGCUAAUAAAUUACGCAAGGAUCGGGACAAAUACUUUGAUAAAGAAGUACAAACAUUAAUUGAAACAUCGUCGAAAUGCGUCAACACAAUUCCAAUAAUUGAAGAUAGCACUCCAAACACCGACAGACCCAGUAGAAGUUCGUCUGGGGAUACAAUUCACCAAGUCGAAGAUCGAAAUGAUGAAAUCGAAACGGGGAAUAUAGAUGAACAACAGUUGUUGCCCUUGGUUGCUAAAAAAUCUCUCGAAUCCCAGUUGAAACAGGCGAUGAUGCUGGCAUCUACAAGAAGUGCGCUUUUAUUAGAGGCUGAGAGUCGUCUUUCAGAGUGUCAAGGUAGAAUUAAAUUACUGGAAAAAUCGCUCGAGGAAAAGGACGGAUUGCUUAAACAGCACACGCAGUCCAUCAGUGCUGUUAAGCAUGAUCGAGUGGAAGAUAGCAUCCUCAGUUCUACCAUAGGUUCGCUUCAGAAUCUUCUUCUAGAAAAAGACACUACUUUAUCUAAGUAUCAGGAGCUAUUAAAAUCUGAACGGAAUGAACAUUCACAAAUGUACGAUGAACAUAUGUCUCAGAUAAAAAAUCUAAAGAAAAUAAUCGAUGAACUGGAGCAAAAAUUAUACGAAAAACAAAAGGAAUACGAUAAUAUUUCCACCCAAUUAAAUGAAAUGAAUCAAUUGAAGGAAUUGCAGGAGAGCGUUCCUGAAAAGAAACAAACCAUUGCAGACGAAUGCGACAGGUCUGAGGCUGGCACGUUGGUUUAUUCGGAUAAGAUCAUUGAAAAUAUCUAUGAAAUUGAUGAAAAAAAGGAACAAGAAAUUCAAGACCUAAACGUGCAAGUGAAGUUGCUGGAAACAAACGUGCAUGAAUUAGAAAAUGAACAAAAACGGCUUCAACUGCAACUUCGGGAGGCGAACAGCCGUGAAAAAAAAUGUGAGAAAAUGCUUCGAGAAAAGGAGUCCGAACUGGCUUCGAUGAACGAUCGUUUGACCAGAGAAGCGAACGAUCUUCGAGAGUUCACCGAAACUAUUGCCAACGCGCAAGAAAUCGAACAUCUGAAGGAGAUGUUGGAGGAAAAGGACCGCCACAUACAAGAUCUUACAGAGACGUUGUCACAAUUUCAUGAAGAUCAGCGCAACUUCAUGAACGACACUUCACUGCAUUCCGCUGAGCAGGUUUCUCAAUUGAGUGCGGAUUUGAAUCGUAGCGAAGCAAGCAAUCGGGUUUUGAAGACACAAAUUGAAGCUCUUAAACGGCAGAUAGCUAGUAUUCAGCAGCGAGAAAAGCAGUCCAGAGAAUUGGUGAAAACGCUCAAAAACCAACUUAUAAAACGGCCUGUUAUUGCGAUGAAGUCUGAACGUUUAAUAACGCCACGCGAGGAACAACUUUCGCGACGAAUACAGCAAAUUGAAACGGAACUGUUGGAUACCAAGGAUGAGCUGCGGAAGCAGACAGCAAUCAAUGAGAGUCGACGCGCCAAAACGGCAGCUGAAUUGGACCUGUGGAACAAGCAGAAGCGCUGGCAGCAAAUGGCAGAACGAUUGAAAGUGCAGUUGAAAGAUAAAGAAGUGGAGCUUGAGAAGAUGAAAGUUCAUUUUAAUACUGCCAAAACGACGAUCGGGCGAUUAGAGCGUGAUCGAGCACGGAUAAGCGGUACUUCAGCUGGUUCCGGAACUGCCACAUUACUGUUGGACAAUAAAUACCAGGCAUCUGGUUCACCUGAUCAGUACUGCAGCACGGAUAGCACCGUUUCAGAGGAUGCCAGUACAACGACUACGCAAAUAUUUACCCAGAAUAGUAAAGAGAUCAUCGAUGCAUUGAAAAGUCGUAUUGAGUCGCAACAGCGUAGAAUUAUUGCCAUGGAGUUAGAUAGAAAGGGUUCAAAUACGGUAACGCACGAGCUCGAGAAAAUGCAAGAAAAGUUAUGCAACAUGGAAGCGCAGAAUGUACGAUUGGAGGCAAAAACUCUACAGUUGCAGUUAGAUAACGAUAUGCUGCGUCAAAGUGAUGAAUCUGAACGCUUGAAAAGACAAAUCAAACAUCUGGAAGAAUAUAUAAUCGUUUUAAAGGAAGAAAUCUCAAAGGCCACAGCUGGAUGUCCUGAGUCGAUAAAUUUCGAGAAUCUUUGCGUACGAUGUAGCAGACGCAAUGGCUCAAACGGAGAUUUAGCUGAACGUAAUGCUAAUCUUGAGCAAACCGUACUUACGCUCAAACGCAUGAUUGAAAAGUUACGUGUCGAAAACAAACACCUAAAGGAUCAUCGAUCCAGAGAGCGCGGAGAAUUUUCCGAUUUUUCUGGCAAUGCCCCCACCGAAAUGAUCGGAAAGGAUCUGUACGAUCGACUGAAAAAGGAACAUGAGAAACUUCAGCAAAGCCUGGUGCAAGCGCAGAACAAAAUAUCGGUGCAACAGGUAGAAAUUGAGUUGCUAUCGAGUGUUACGUGCACUCGCUGCAAAGCCCGAUACAGUGGCGAACCCUUGAAUGCAGCAAGUAGUGAAGAGGCGACGGUGGUCGAAGAUUUGAAGGAUAAGCUGGAAAAGAAGAGUCAGUUGCUCGAGAAAGCUAAAAUUCUACUGCAACGAGCAGCUGCAAAAGAGCGCUACUUAAAAGAACAGAUCGAUCUUCUCCGGCGCAAGUGUUCUGAUCUCCAGAAUGUCCCCGUUAUAGAUGAAAUAAGUGAAUAA